UAUAGGUUCAGGCCUGGUUGGGUCUGUAAUAACGCACAAGGACAAAGUCACCUAACCGGCUAUUGUUAAGCAAGACACACAUACACACAUAUUGUCCCCCGAAAAAGGACAAGGACAUCAUAAUGCCCCGGUCACCGAGGACGAGUCGUGAAAAGGCCGAGCAGAAGCAGAAGGCAGAGAACGCGUUGAAGUGCGGGACCGAUUCCGAAAGGACCAACAGACUGGAGAACAUGCCGCGCGAAAUGGACUCCUUCUGGGUCACCGAUACCGAUGCAUCCAAUUGCAUGCUCAAAGGUCAAGUGAUGCUACGCACCGACAAGGCCAACAAGGGACUCGGCUUUACGUUCGACGAAAGGCGGGUGCUCUCCAUCCACGGAUUGCUUCCGGCGUCAGUUAGAACCAUUGACACUCAGGUGACCUGCUGCCAGAUGGUCGUGGCCGCCAUGUCCAGCCCCUUGCAGAGAUAUACAUACCUGAUAACCUUGUCGCAAACGAACAGCUGGCUCUUCUACCGUUUUCUGCUGAGCAAUAUCGAACUCUACAUGCCCAUGAUAGAUGCCUCCAGCUAUCCGCAUUUGCUCGAGUACCACAAGAUGCUGUUUUCGUUUGGCAAGGUCUUGUACAUCACCAUUAAGGAUAUGGGACAUAUGCACCAGGUGCUGAGCAAUUGGCCAGUAAAGUACGUCCGCUACCUGGUGGUGAGCAAUGGAGCUUCUGUCCAGAGUCUCGGGGACUUGGGUGUCAAUCAGAUGCCCGCCCUGACCUCCGUAAUGCAUCAGAAUGUUGUCUACAGCGGCAUUCAUCCGAAAUUCUGUCUCUGUGUGGUGCUGGAUGUGGGCACAAACAAUGAAGAACUCCUAAACGAUCGGUUCUAUAUGGGUCUUAAGGAGCGCCGGCCGUCGAACGAACUGUACGAGAAGUUCUUUGAGGAGUUCACCCUGGCUGUUAUCCGGAAGUACGGCACACAUGCCUUGAUCCUAUGCCAGGACUUCGAGGCCCAGAAAGCCAAGAGGCAGCUGGAGAUGUAUCGGGAGCGCCAGUGCAUCGUGGAUGUGGACUUCCAGUGUAUAGCCGCGUGCGCUCUCUCUGGGGUAAUCGCGUGCAAUAAUGCCGUGAAGAGGGUGCUCUUCUCGACGAAUAUGAUUCUGUUUUACGGGGCUGAUCCCACGAAUGUGGGCAUGGCCCGAUUGUGCAUUGCCUAUCUGAAGAGGGAGGGCCUCAACGAGGUCAGCGCCAGGCAGAGGAUAUGGUUCUGCGAUGCCCAAGGACUGAUUGUGAUCGGCAGAGAAGGCAUACCCGAGGAGCUGCUGGAAUUCGCCAAUUACCACGAACCCAUUUUGACUUUGGUGGAGGCCAUUCAGCAGUUGAAGCCGAAUGUCCUGGUCGGUGGAUGCUCCCAGGCAAAUGUCUUUACACCCGACGUCCUCCGGGCUAUGGAGCAGAGUGCCGAGCAGCCCAUAAUCUUCGCCCUGUCGAGACCCGCCAGUCUGGCUGAAUGCACCGCCGAUGCAGCCUUUGCGUACACAAAGGGGCGCUGUGUCUUCAUCUCCGGGUCGAAGUUGCCUCCCAUCAAGUACGCCAACAAGAUGUAUCAGCCGGGUUACUGCAGCAGCCACAUCUUACUGCCUGGCCUAACUAUGGGCGUAAUGCUGGCCGGCUUCACCACCGUUCCGGACGAGACCUUCUGCGUGGCCGCGGAGCGAUUGGCCCAUAUGGUUUGGCCGAAAGACUUGGCCAUGCGGAACGUCUUCCCGCCGAUGAGAAAGAUUCAGUGCAUCAGCCUGCAUAUGGCUGAGGCUGUCUUCACCUACGCCUUCCGCCGGGGCCUGGCAACGCUGUGGCCGCGACCGGAGAAUCCUUUAGAGUACAUCAAGUCGAAGAUGUACGAAUCCAACUAUAAUCUGCACACCAGGGAAAUCUACUGCAUGCAGGACCGGAAGAUUGCUACCACGGAGUCCCAAAAUUUCUACCAGCUUAACAUUUAGAACCUGUAAUUGUGUCUAGAGCAUUAUUAAAGGCAGCAAAGGACA